AUGCAAGCUACACCAUUCGACUCAGAAUUUAAUUCUGCAUUGAAUGAUGUGUUUUAUUUGAUUUCAUCCAAUAAAACACCCUUAUCAUCUGAUCCACAUCCAUUCUCUUCAUCUCUCGUCAAUUCCAGUCACCUCAGAUCUCGUAAAUUUAUCAUCGUGAUGGCACAAUCAGAUUCAAAACUAAAUGAUUAUAAUGAGCAGAUUUCAACGGAUCCAGUCGCCGGAAUGAACAAACUGGAUCUUCGACCGUAA